AUGCUUCAGUCGGCGGACGGCAACUGCACCAUCACGGCGCAGUGUCGACCUCAGGGGACGGCCGACUGCGUGGACGGCAAGUGCACCUGCCGGGCCAAACACUACAGACACGAGUACUCGGAUGGCGAUGCCCGCUGCCUCCCAGAGCCCGGGCACACCAGUGAUGCCCAGAAGACCCCCGUUGAUCCAGUAAUGAUUGGAAUUCUGGUGUCCCUGGUGCUGAUGUUCCUCAUCAUCUGUAUCGUGCUUCAGCUCUUCAGCAAGGCGCGCUUCCGGCAGAACCGCACCAUCCUGAAUUCGGCCAACCCGCGGCUCAUGAACACCUCGUUCCUGAAGGGCCAGCAGGGCAAGAAGUCGGCGACGGGGUCGCGCGGCGCCGGCGGCUCGCGCGGCUCGCGCGGCUCCAUCGACAUGGCCCACCCGCAGGAGGGCGACGGCCGCGUCUCGCCCGACUCCGGUACGAUCGGCGGCCCGCCGCCCGCCCAGCCGCCGGAACGCCACGCCGACCCAACAGACGGCAAGGAGCCCUAG